AGCGGGCUACUGAUUCACAGACCAGGAGAGAGUGAGAGAGAGAGAGAAAAGUAAAGAUUAUCAUAAAGAGUCAGAAGCAGCUCAUCUCAGACAUGAAUAAUCGCUCCAUAGCCUGGUGGCUGAAACAGAUAGGACUGCCCCAGUACACCAAGUCACUGGAGAGAGAAUACUACGGUCUAGAGGGUUUGCUGUAUGUAUGUGAUGUAGAUCUGAAGGAGGCAGGAGUAGAUGAUCCCAGUCACAGAGACACUAUACUGUCUCAGCUGCUGCGACACAGACAGACACUAGACCCACACUCUGGUAACACACACACACACAGUCCUGUCUCAGGUAUGGUGGAGGAGCUGAGGGUGAGCAGGAAGUAUUCUCUGGGCUCGUCUCUGGACCUGGUGAAACCCAGGAAGGAUCUGUUCCGUCAGAGUGUUCUGCCCCGCCUUCGACGCAAGGUCACAGUCUCCGCCUCCUGUUCACAGCUCCACCCACUGGAGGAGGGGCUCAGCCCAGGACUCGCCCCCGAGCAGACAAGGAAACGCAGUAAGAGGAGGAGUGUCACUGCAUACCUGAGUCAGCUGAAGGUGUUUGGAGGUAGCAGGGAGAUGGACUCUCUGAAGAAGGAGUUGGAGGAGGAACUGAAGCUAUCUACUGAUGACCUGAGGAGUCACGCCUGGUACCAUGGACCCGUAGGCAGAGAGGGGGCAGAGGCUCUACUGGAGAGAGAUGGUGACUUCCUGGUUCGUGACACAGCCUCCUCCCCCGGUGACUAUGUCCUGAGUUGCUAUUGGAAGGACGAGCCCAUGCACUUCAAGAUCAUUAAGGUGAUCCUUCGGCCCAAGAAGGGUUACUCCCGUGAGCUGUUCCAGUUUGAAGGGGAUCGUUUCGACAACAUUCCCGCCCUUGUGCGUUUCCACGUGGGUGGACGUCAUCCUGUCUCCCAGGCCUCUGGCGCCAUAGUCUAUCACCCAAUCACACGCUCCCUGCCUAUACGUGUCAUCAGUGAGCGCCAGGCAGAGCGGACCGAAAGCAACAGAUCCAGCAACAGCGCCCUCGACAGGGUGGGGGUGGAAUCACAGCCAGACCGCAGCAAGAGAUUCAGCUUCAACUCAUCACACAUGGACACACUACACGUCACUAACACACUGCUCAGGAGUGGGAGUCAGCCAGCCAACCUGGAGAAUCUGGGCAGAAGACCCUCGAUCCAAUCAGCACAGUCUGAAAGCAACCUACGCACAGGUUCGCCUCAUAGCAGUGAAUCAGAGGCCGUAGGCCCCGCUCCCAUUUCCCCAGUGUUCCGAACGGGUAGCGAACCCCUGAUCAGCCCCUCAGCCCUCAGACACACGCGGCCCUCACACCCAGGUGGAGGUGUGACGCUGCGAGGUUCUGACGGACAGCUGCACCCCCGAGCCCCGCCCAAACCCUUCAGAGUGUCCACCUUCUUCCCCGGGACUCCUCCCAACCGUCACCGUGAUGACCCCUAUGACGAGCUGGUCAUCCAGGUGCCUGAAUCAAAAAAGCGGGGCCACGUGGACAGGCUGCGUGCGGAGGAGAAGUGGCAGAGCAGAGCCCGUCUCACUGAGACAUCCUUCAGCUUCCUGGAGGCGCAGGAAAGCGGGGAGUUGCCUCGGUUACCAAUUGACGGACAGGUCCAGGAGGAAGAGGAGGAUUCACACUUUCAGAGGCCGCAGGUAGAGACGUGUUUCAGACUGGACCAGUUUGAGAAGUAGCAUGUUAUUAAAAAUAACAGACCUCUAGACCCCACCGUUCUCAUGGUGCUCAAAGAACUGUUCACACGCUCCAACGCCAUGACAACCGCUCUGCACAUUCUCAGUGUCGACUGCCAGGUGGCUCGUAUCGUGGGUGUGACAGAGGACCAGAAGAGGAUGAUGGGAGUUGGCUCAGGUCUGGAGCUGGUCACCCUGUCUCACGGACAACAGCUCAGACAGGACCUGCUGGAGAGGCACCACCUGCUAGCCCUGGGCGUUGCCAUAGAUAUCCUGGGCUGUACAGGGACAGUAGGUCAGAGGGCCACGGUGCUGCAUAAAGUCAUCCUAUUGGCCCAGGCCCUGAGAGACCACGCCCACAACCUCUACGCAUUCUCAGCCGUCAUGAAGGCUCUGGAGAUGCCUCAGGUAGUCCGUCUGGAGAGGACAUGGAGGGCACUGAGGAGGAACCACACAGAGAGCGCUGUGAUGUUUGAGAAGACCCUCAAACCCUUCAUGAUCGCUCUGAAUGACGGAGAUGACUCUGUGGUGCAGGGUCCCCUGGCUGUGCCCUACCUGGUUCCCCUCCUGAGGCUGAUGGAGGGAGAGGAGGGAGAACACACAGAGAGAGGCUGCCAGUUGUUAUACAACACCCUGCAGGCGGCACGCAAUGCAGCGCUACACGCCCCACAGUACCAGGAGCACGCACACAGCCUGCUCACAGGUGACUGGGAGCCAAUCCCAGAGCUGCUGGAGGGGUUCAGGACAGAGUUUGCCCUGAGGCUGUUCUGGGGUCAGACUGGAGCGGCGGCAGACAAGGAGAAACGCUACGACAAGUUUGACAAGAUCCUCACCGUGCUCUCCAACAAACUGGAACCUACCGAGGAGUUCUCCCCGGAACUCUGACCCUUUACACUCUCUACUGUGACCUGGGCUGCAUUCAGGAGGGCGCAACGUUGCACAACAGUUGGAAAUCUGUAACCCGUUUUUACCUGGAUCAUUAUUCAUUAGAAGCUUUUUGUAGCAAAAAUAAUAAUAAUAAAAAAAAGAGUUUGUUAUUGGAUGAGAUCAGGUGUUUCCUCUCUGUUUCAGUCCGUUUCAGUGCCUAAUGAAUAUGUCCUGGGGUGUGUGUCUGGGUGUUUCUGUGUCUGGGUGUUUCUGUGUGUGUGUGGAAUGAAUAUGUCCUGGGAUGUGUGUCUGGGUGUUUCUGUGGUUCUCACCCACGGGGUUCAUACCUAGCAGGUGUGGAUGUGUGGGUUUCCCCUCAUAAACCUGGCCAAGGUCUACAUCCCAAAUGGCAUCCUAUUCUUUAUGAAGGGCCACUACCAGGGCUCUGGUUGAAAGUAGGGCACGAUACAGGGAAUAGGGCUCUAGAUGAAAGUAGGGCACGAUACAGGGAAUAAGAUCCUAUUUGGGACAUAGACAAGGUGUGUGAUGUGCUUAUACUGGUUGUUGGUUCAGGUGUGUCAAAAUGUUGACCAGCAGUUUACCCGUUAACAUGUUCUGUGUUCAGACAACUUUAUUCGGUAGAGUUUACCCUGUUAACAACUUUAUUCUGUAGAGUUUACCCUGUUUACAACUUUAUUCUGUAGAGUUUACCCUGUUAACACGUUAACAACUUUAUUCUGUAGAGUUUACCCUGUUAACUUUAUUCGGUAGAGUUUACCCUGUUAACAACUUUAUUCUGUAGAGUUUACCCUGUUAACACGUUAACAACUUUAUUCUGUAGAGUUUACCCUGUUAACAUGUUAACAACUUUAUUCUGUAGAGUUUACCCUGUUAACAUGUUAACAUGUUAACAACUUUAUUCUGUAGAGUUUACCCUGUUAACAUGUUAACAUGUUAACAACUUUAUUCUGUAGAGUUUACCCUGUUAACUUUAUUCUGUAGAGUUUACCCUGUUAACAACUUUAUUCUGUAGAGUUUACCCUGUUAACAACUUUAUUCUGUAGAGUUUACCCUGUUAACAACUUUAUUCUGUAGAGUUUACCCUGUUAACAACUUUAUUCUGUAGAGUUUACCCUGUUAACAACUUUAUUCUGUAGAGUUUACCCUGUUAACAACUUUAUUCUGUAGAGUUUACCUUGUUAACAACUUUAUUCUGUAGAGUUUACCCUGUUAACAACUUUAUUCUGUAGAGUUUACCCUGUUAACAUGUUAACAACUUUAUUCUGUAGAGUUUACCCUGUUAACAACUUUAUUCUGUAGAGUUUACCCUGUUAACAUGUUAACAACUUUAUUCUGUAGAGUUUACCCUGUUAACAACUUUAUCCUGUAGAGUUUACCCUGUUAACAACUUUAUUCUGUAGAGUUUACCCUGUUAACAACUUUAUCCUGUAGAGUUUACCCUGUUAACAUGUUAACAACUUUAUCCUGUAGAGUUUACCCUGUUAACAUGUUAACAACUUUAUCCUGUAGAGUUUACCCUGUUAACAUGUUCUGUGCUCAGACAACUUUCUUCUCAACCAGCCAGGUGUCUGUGAAAGUAGUUUAUUUUAAGGGAAAUAGCUGGAAUGUUCUGAGUUAAAUCACUGACACUUUUUCUAUUCAGAUGAUAUAAAUGAUUUAAAACA